GCUUGCACUUUUGCCAUCCCUCUUCCUAUUAAUUUUUGAAAAUUUCCCAAAACCCCUUCCUCCGCAGGAACUUUUUUCUUUCCACUCCUGCUCCCCAAACUUAUUCUUCUCUUGUCCUGAGGUGUCUCUCACGUCGUUGUCGUCGUCCGCAGACUCGCUCUCUUGCCCCGCCAUCCCUCCAAGCAAAGCCUCCUCUGCUUCACGUAGCGAAAAUGUCGGACGAGCAACAUGAGCACACCUUCGAGUCGGCCGAUGCCGGCGCGUCGGCCACCUACCCGAUGCAGUGCUCGGCCCUGAGGAAGGGUGGCCACGUCGUUAUCAAGGGCCGUCCUUGCAAGAUCGUCGACAUGUCGACCUCCAAGACCGGCAAGCACGGUCACGCCAAAGUCCAUCUGGUCGCCAUCGACAUUUUCACCAACAAGAAGCUUGAGGAUCUCUGCCCCUCGACCCACAACAUGGACGUCCCCAACGUUACCAACGACACCUAUGAGCUUAUCUACCUGAACGACGACGGUUUCCUCCAGCUCAUGGACUCUAACGGCAACCAGCGUGAGGAUAUCAAGCUGCCCGGUGGCAGCGAGAAGGCGGAUGAGGUUGCCAAGGAGAUCACUCGUCUCCACGACCUGAAGAUGGACGACGACCGUGAGAUCUUCGUUGUUGUUACCAAGGCCAUGGGUGAGGAGGUUCCCACCCAGGUCAAGCCUUCCUCCGGCUCGUCUUAGAUGGCUGCGCGCCACGAUGGGUCGCCGUAGUCAGCGACUCCUAGGUCCGCCGAAACCGGGAGUCUCGCAGCUACAAAAUUCUUUUGACAUUUUUCUUGCUAGCCAGCUAUCUUGCAUGGUUGUUCGUUCUCAGGGGCGCAGUGGCUGCGCAUACACACAUACACACAAUCAUGAGGGGGAUUUCAACUGGGCGCUUUUUCUUCUCCUUUCAACGGAGCGGCGGUAUAGGAAUAUUUCGAUCAGACAGAACUCGCUGUUUAAAAGCUCUUGACACUCUGUUUUUCCUCAUAUCACCGCGGAGGGAAAAACACACGAAAGCCACCCUGGCCGAGCCACUCAAACGAUGCUCAAGGCUAUAGAUUCUCAAGAGAAUCCUCAAGCGUCCGAAGACAACCUGGCACUUUGUUUCACAUGCAGUGACGAUGCAUCUGGGGCGUACUCAAGGAAGAAGGGGUCGAGGAUGUCGAACAGGGCAGAAUAAAUAAACCAAGAAAAAAAGAGAAAAAAAGGAACCAGGUACCUACCUCUACCUACGUAGCGGUUUAAAAACCAACGAGAUUCUCGAACUACCUGGCAGCCGUAUCGUGGAUAUUUCUGCGUCCAUAGGAAGGCAGAUAGAACGUAGCUGAGGAUGCAGCGGCAACCUUCACCUUUCGGAGCCUGCCAAUAAUGUUAUUUUUUUCGUUGCG